AUGGGCAAGACCAAACGAGAAUCGGCUCUUGUGGAGAGCAAGCGGCCUGCGAAAAAGUCCAAGACCGAUGGCGACGAACCCACCCCAUCGCCAACGCUCUACGUGAAAAACCUCACCGACAAAUGCACUAAAUCGGACCUCAAACGGUACCUGUACAUGCGAUUCAGCUCGUACGGACACAUUCUCGACAUUGUGGCGAUGAAAAACGAGCGGAUGCGGGGCCAGGCACAUGUGGUAUUUAACGAUAUCGAUGCGUCGAUCUCGGCGCUCAACGGGCUGCAGAAGAGCGAGUUCAUGGGCAAAGAGAUGGUAAUUGAGUAUGCUCGAUCCAAGUCCCAUGCCAUUGCCAAGUUGGACGGCUCGUUUACCAUUCCCGAACCUCCCGCAUUCGAAGAGAGUGUUCUUCCGUUGGCACCUUUUGAGGAUGUCACGGCAGAGUAG